GGCUGGGGCACUGCCGGGCACCUCUCCCCUGGACUGUGAACUGCUGGCUGUCUGCUCGCUCCUCUGAAAAUGCAGCGGCUGCUGACUCCCGCCAAGCGGGUCUUGCAACUGAAGAGGGUGCUCCAGGGAGCACCUGCUAUGCUCACCCGCCUUCUCCCCGCCGCCCACCACAGGUUUUCUACAGUCCCUGCUGUCCCCUUGGCCAAAACGGGUUCUUGGCCGAAGGACGUGGGCAUCCUGGCCCUGGAGGUGUACUUCCCAGCCCAGUACGUGGACCAAACAGACCUGGAGAAGUACAACAAUGUGGAAGCAGGGCGGUACACUGUGGGCCUGGGCCAAACCCGCAUGGGCUUCUGCUCCGUCAAGGAGGACAUCAACUCCCUGUGCCUGACGGUGGUGCAGCAGCUGAUGGAGCGCACGAAGCUCCCGUGGGACGCGGUCGGCCGGCUGGAAGUGGGCACCGAGACCAUCAUCGACAAGUCCAAGGCUGUCAAAACAGUGCUCAUGGAGCUCUUCCAGGACUCGGGCAACACGGACAUCGAGGGCAUCGACACCACCAAUGCCUGCUACGGGGGCACUGCCUCCCUCUUCAAUGCGGCCAACUGGAUGGAGUCCAGCUCCUGGGAUGGUCGCUAUGCAAUGGUGGUCUGUGGAGACAUCGCAGUGUAUCCCAGCGGCAACGCUCGCCCCACAGGAGGCGCCGGAGCCGUGGCGAUGCUGAUUGGGCCAGAGGCCCCGCUGGUCCUUGAGAGAGGGCUGCGGGGAACCCACAUGGAGAACGUAUACGAUUUCUACAAACCAGAUGGGGCUUCGGAAUACCCAAUGGUGGACGGGAAGCUCUCCAUCCAGUGCUACAUCCGGGCCUUGGACCGGUGCUACACAGUCUACCGCCAGAAAAUCCAGAACCAGUGGAAACAAGCUGGCAUCGACCGCACCUUCACUCUCGAUGACUUACAGUUCAUGAUCUUCCACUCACCCUUCUGCAAGCUGGUCCAGAAAUCGCUGGCUCGCCUGAUGUACAAUGACUUCCUGUCGGCUAGCAGCGACACUCAGAGCGGCCGCUACAAGGGGCUGGAGGCCUUCAGGGGGCUAAAGCUGGAAGACACCUACACCAACAAGGACAUGGACAAAGCUCUCCUGAAGGCCUCUCUGGACAUGUUCAACAAGAAAACCAAGGCCUCUCUUUACCUCUCCACGCACAAUGGGAACACGUACACCUCCUCCCUGUAUGGGUGCCUGGCCUCACUUCUGUCCCAUCACUCUGCCCAAGAGUUGGCCGGCUCCCGGAUCGGCGCCUUCUCCUACGGCUCAGGCUUGGCAGCAAGUUUCUUCUCAUUUCGCGCGUCCCAGGAUGCUUCUCCGGGCUCCCCCCUGGCAAACCUGGUCUCUAGUCUGUCAGACCUGCCAAAACGCCUGGACUCCCGGAAGCGCAUGUCUCCUGAGGAGUUCACAGAAAUAAUGGACCAAAGAGAACAAUUCUUCCACAAGGUGAAUUUCUCACCCCCUGCUGACACCACCAGCCUUUUCCCAGGCACCUGGUACCUGGAGAGAGUGGAUGAGCUGCAUCGCCGAAAGUAUGCCCGCUGUCCGGUCUGAAGGUGGCACCAGAAAAUCCGAGAUAAACCCCAAUUUGAGCCGCUAAUCCAGCAUCAGCUGACUCCCUCCCAGGUGCUCAACUUCAGCUCCAUUUCACCAGCUGUGGCUGCCCCUUGGCAGAUCCCUCUGCUGAGGCCCUGCUCCUGCUCCCUCCGAAAGCUGGUUGGGGGCCCUCAGUCUGGUUGGCAUCCCUGGCAGACAAUAGAUGCCUUUCCUGAGAGCUCUCAAGUAGCGUCUUCCGUGCAAGAGGCUCUGUGUAAGACUGAGACCUGCUGUCAACUCAAAGGCAUAGGAAUAAAAAAUAAAAAAAACAAGGUUCACCGCCUGCCUCAGGUACUCCCAUGAGCUCUGUGUGCAAAGUCAGAGCUGCUCAGUCAGUCCUGCUGUUCCGGUCUAGGCCCAGGCCCUCCAGCGAGGCGAGGACAGACCAGCUCUGAGCUCCCUGCAGAUGCUGUCCUGCCAACCUUUAGCUCAACCACAGCAUGGAGGAGGCCCAAGUGGUGGGUUCGCUCCUGUCUGUGCCAAUCAGAUGCCCUGUGCCAGGCAUUAACCCCAGGCAGCAGCCUCAAAACCGGAAGUAAGCGGGCACAGGGUAGAGACGCAGCAUCCCCUACUAACGGGAAAACCCUCACAAGCUGAAAAACGUACGAUCAGGGAGCGAGUGCUGUUGUCAUGUUUCAUAAAAAUCAUCUUUGUUAAAAAACCAAUAUACUAUCCAACCCAUACUGAG